AUGGAAAGGCAACACUCUGGUAUCAUAAGUAGUAUUGAAAAUAAAAAGGAUAGGAAAACUAUUGCUAUUCUUCGGAUGAAGUUAAGAGACAUUUGCAAUGAGUGGGAUAUUCAUGACGAUAAAAUAAGUACAGUCGUUUCUGAUGGCGUAGCAAACAUCAAAGGUGCUAUCAAAGAAGAAUUCGGAGAGUCUAAACAUAUUUCAUGCUUCGGUCACGCCAUAAAUAAUAUUGGUCAAAAACUAAUAGAAGUUGAUACAUCUAAGCCCGCGUCUGAAUCAAGUGAUGAUAAUAUUCAUCAUUUACUCGAUGAUGAAAGUGAUACUGAGGAGUUUUUUUGUGAAGAUUCCCAAAAUUCGUCGGUGAGAAAUCUUAUAAUGAAAGUUGAGAAGAUCGUCAAGUUUUUCCGCUGCAGUGAAAUUGCGUCUCGUGAGCUAGAAAUUUUGCAAGAGCAGUCUGGGUUUCAUCGAGACAAAAGUUCAAGGUCGAAACCUCCUGAAAUUUUAACAGCCGAAGAGCUUGAUGCUCUGAUUGAAAUACGAGACAUCUUGAAGCCGUUAUGGCAUGUAACUCACGAAGUCAGCGCUGACAAGGAAGUGACAUUAAGUAAAUGUAUCCCAUUAAUUACUGGAUUGAAGAGAGGAACCGACAGACUUUGUCCUGUGACAUCAAUUGAAAUACAAAUGAAGAAAAACCUAGUCGCUGAAAUAAAACAAAAGUUCUCAAAUAUAGAGUCGGUAAAAGUGUAUUCGAUUGCUACUCUUUUAGAUCCACGAUAUAAGAAAAUAGUUUUUCAAAGUAUUCAAAAUUCAGCAGGCGCUGUAACUACUGUGGGUGAAAUUUUGAAAAAAGGAAUCAAGUCAUCGAAAACUCUUGCGAUUACCUGCGAAAAUGAUCUCACAGAUCAUCAACAAUCUUCAGGUGCUAAUGAUCUGUGGGAUUUUUUAGACGACGCUGUGCAACACAACGUACAAGUCGCUGACAGCGAUGAAGCAGGCGGUCUGCCUAUCGAACUUAGGCAGUUUUUGAAUCGGUCUACAGUAGACCGAAAAACUAAUCCAAACCCGAUUGCAACUUGGCAAUCGUACGAAUCUGAUUACCCCCAUUUAUCCCCUAUUGCUAGAAAAUAUUUAAGAAAAGAUACUGAGAGGCUAGAAAAAGGAAAGUAG